GUGCUAGUCAAAUGAGCCCUACACAUGAAUCCCUGUUAAUACUCAUCUCCUGAAAUCGGAAACGACCGGCUUUAGGACCCGGGUGGGGGCGAAACGUGUAGUCCGACAAGAAAAAGACCUAAACUCCAGUCGCUGUUUUCUGAUGGCUCAACAGACGACGGCGGGACGGCGUUACUUGCGAGCAUUUGUUAGCGGAUUCUUCGUUGCAGUUCCUGUCACCGUCACAGUCCUCGAUCGAUUUGCUUAUGUGGCACGAGUGGAGGGAGCGUCAAUGCAGCCAUUCUUUAACCCAGAAGGGGGGUCGAAGAGUGACAUCGUCCUGCUGAACAGAUGGAGUGUGAGGAACUACCAAGUCCAACGAGGUGACAUUGUCUCUAUUGUGUCACCCAAAAAUCCCCAGCAGAAGAUUAUCAAGCGGGUCAUUGGUCUAGAGGGAGACUUUAUCAGGACUCUGGGCUACAAGAACCAGUAUGUUCGAGUUCCUGAUGGUCACUUCUGGAUUGAAGGGGAUCAUCAUGGACACAGUCUGGACAGCAACAGCUUUGGACCGGUGUCUGUAGGGCUGCUUCAUGGUCGGGCCUCCCAUAUCAUCUGGCCACCAAGUCGCUGGCAACAAAUCAAACCAUCCCUACCCCCAAACCGAGGACCACUGGACACCAAGGAAGAAGAAGGAUGAAGACAAACACACACACAAAUACAGUUUAUGUGUGAACACAUUUGUAACCACACAUUAUGUCACUUUCUUAAAUGUCAAAUUCAGGAAAAAAUAGACUUUCUGUGAUUAUGUGAGUCAGGGUAUUAAAUGGCUUUCACAUGGACUGCACUGACUGUACACAUACUUUAUGUUGUUGCAAUCAAGUUACCAGUGACUUGAAGAAUUGUCUCUCAAAGUCUGUCCAGACUACAAGCUGUGAUGUUUGCAUUUAUAUUGAGAUCUUCAGUCUUGAACUAGAACUAAUAUAAAGACUUAUUUCAGUUUACAAGCAGAAGUACUAAAUAUGCUCAGUUUUCUAAACUUAAGCUGAAUAUAUUUUGGACUAUGUGUUUGUAACACCUGUGUAGUAGGUAAGUAGUAAAGAACUGGUUUACUAACACCAGAAGUAGUUAGGUUCGUUAGGCUAGUAAUCAGAAGGCUAAAUUCGGCUCAAGGAGAGAGUAGACAGGAAGCUGAUUUUGUGUUUGCAGGUACCAUAUAUUGAAUAUUUCUUUAAACAUAUAAGAAUAUAAGACAGCCAACAGUGAAUAACAAACAGUAACUCAUAAAUGGCCAUUCAAUAAUGAAUAUUCAAAAUAAUUCAUUAAAUUUGGCUACGAUAAGGGGCUCCUAAGAGUUAACAUUUAAACCGGUGAGUUUAAAACAAGUAUUACAAUUAAAAUAGCGAAAAUAGCUGAAAACAUGUUACAUGUUGGUUGGGAAUUAUUUUGGAAACUUGUGAAAGCCAUUGUUACCAUUUCCUCGCUUUUCAUUAACCCAGAAUUUACUUCAUAGAGCAAAUCAUUGGCAGAUUAAGCAAUAAUUUAAAUCAUUGUUAGUUACAACAAUAUCCUGGCCUGUGACUACUGACUCUCUCAGUGAGGAUUUAUUUAACUAGUGGUCUUGGGCUUUUUACACUCUAAAGUAAAUGAAGAACUUUAUAUUAGGACUUCAGAAGUUUGUAGUAAUUUUACCAUUCAAGUUAGUAAUCAUUACAAAACACAUAUUUCGAGUUUUUUCCGUUGCUGUGAAUCAUUUUGUGUAGUGCAUUCCUUACAGUAUAUCUAUUAACCACCUGGCUCUUUUCCGAUGUCAUUCUUUGGCUUUUAAUCUGUAACCUAUGUUGUUCCUUCCUGUAAUUUACUAUUUAACUAAACUUGGCCUUAUCAGUAACCUGCAAAGGUAUUGAGCUUGUGGAAAAUGGUGUUAAAGGUCUCUAAACACAGUGGCAGUUUUACAUUGUUUUUUAAAAUACUGUAUUUAAAUUUGCCAUCCAUGUCUAGCUUACCAAAAAAUAUGGUGUUUUAUCAUAUUAUUAAAAUGUUUUGCUUAAUGUA